AUGCCUACACCUGCGGCGUCGGCAACAGCAUCUCCUGUUCUGGCAACUACUCCUCCAGUGGCUGCUGGCCCUUCAGUUCCCGAUAGAGCCGCGUUAAAGGCCGAGCAGGAGCGAUCGCUUAUAGUGUUGACAGCGUUCAUGACAUUUAAUCCUCCUAUGUUUGACGGAGACGUGAAAGACCCUUGGGCGAUGGAGUCGUGGCUUACUUCUAUGGAAGCGUUAUUUGAGGAUAUUUAUACUUUGGAGCAGGACAAAGUUCAUUUAGUCGCACAUUGUUUUGAGAGAUCAGCUCAAGUUUGGUGGAGAAGGGUCAAGAAAAAUCGAUCUCCAAAUCUUCCACCGAGUACUUGGAAUGAAUUUCGCGACCUACUGUUCAUGGAGUACUUUCCUAAUAGUGAUAAAAAGGAUGAUGAAAGAAGAUUUUCGCAAGUUGAGACAAGAAAAUCGUUUAGUGCAAGAGUAUGA